AUGUGGAUCGACUCUCUUUGCAUCAUCCAAGACGACCUCGAUGAUUGGCUUUCUGAGGCCUCCCAACUGCACCUUGUCUACUCAAAUUCUCUCUACAGUAUGAAUGCUACCUGUUCCAAGGAUCCAUCCGGGGAUCUCUCCACUGCGCGUGAUACAGCACUGUCUGAACCCUGCGAAGUCGAGAUACCAUAUAAGCAGCUUAAAGCACAGGUAGAACCAUUUCAAUUUACCGAUGCCCGGAAUGGACUAGCUAUCGUCACGUGCCUCUUAUCGAUAUCCCAGGACGAAAAAACAUCGUCGCGCGGAAUCCGAACCGUCAAACACCUCAACUCCGCAAACCCCGUCGGUCACCCUCACAAAGCCAUUGCGCAGCUCCGACUGUGCAGAAUCUGCGAGGGUCCUUCUCUAAUUUCUUUCACCCUCAAGCUCCCCGCCGACUCGGAAAUGGCCAAGCGCAAGCGCACUGACGCCGGUUACGAUAGCCCCGUCAAGGACAAUUCUGACGCGGACAGUGGAUUCGGAGUCGGUCAAACGCUGUCUUUGCUUCAGAACUCUACUGUCGCAAAUGGUGACGCCGCUGCCGCUACCUCAGAAGGCACUCCAGCAAAGAGAGAACAGGAUGCUAUGCCGUCGAAAAGGGCUUCAAAGAAAAAGCGGAUCGAUGGCGAGAAGGCGAAGUACCCGGAACUGACCUAUGUUGAAGGUCGCCUGCAGUCGUCGAUCCGCAUCGCAGAUCUACAAGGUCUUCUACUCUACUGCUUCGCGGACGGGAUUGCGCCGCAGUGGAUUUCAGUCAAAUAUUCGGGCCAUGUGAGGAAGGUCGUGGUCCUGAUGGUGCCGGGCCUGGAGCUUGGUAUGUUCGAUGGGACCAUUCCUUUGGAGGAGAAGUCUUCGAGUGACGCGAACGAGAACACGUCCUCCGACCAGACACCUACAGAGAACGAUAAGGAUUCAAGGACAUCUGAUUUCGAGCGCUGGAAGCAAGGUCUCCCCCUGGAAGAUAGAUCCCGCAAAUUCAAUCCUCGUCCGCUAUCCCGCGAUUCGCUCCCCGACCCGCUACAGCCACUGGUCGACAUGUUCCCUCAUAUCUGGCCCGUGAAGGCGCCCGGGGAUUCUAAGUAUAACAAGGUUCAUUCGCCGCUUCAGGCUAUCCUGCUAUCCGCUCUCCCGAAGAACAACAAUGGUAAAUCGAAAGGCCCCAAACGGCCCAAUGGUAAGGACUUCGCCUCGAACCGCACUCCCGUCACCACCUUCCUCAGCUCCGUGGAAGAUCUUCGCGAAAACGACUACGUGCUCCACCCAGCCUUACUCUCGACGGAGAAGGAGAAAGUCGACUUGGCGGAGGCUCGCAAGCGUGCUGGUCAAGACGCCGAGAAGGGGUGGGUGGACACGCGGGUCUCCAGCUGGGAGGACGGCACACCCCCAGACAGCGAGAUCGAGAAGGGAAGCAUGACCGCCGGGAGAACCGUGUUAGCCAUGGACUGCGAGAUGUGCAUAACGGAGGGUGGCACUUCAGAGUUGACACGCAUCAGUUUAGUUGGUUGGGAUGGCGAGGUAGUGCUGGACGAACUGGUGAAACCGGACCGACCCAUUAUCGACUACCUGACUCGAUUCUCGGGCAUCACUAAAGAAAUGCUUGAUCCCGUCACCACCACCCUCGCCGAUAUUCAACAGAAACUUCUCUCCAUACUCACCCCUCGUACGAUCCUCGUUGGCCAUUCUCUCAACUCCGACCUCAACGCGCUCAAACUGACACACCCCUUCAUCGUCGACACCACAUUCAUAUACCCUCACCCGCGAGGCCCACCACUGAAGUGUAGCCUCCGAUGGUUAACGCAAAAGUACCUCGGCAAGGAGAUCCAAAAAGGCGAAACAGGCCACGACUCCAUCGAGGAUUCUCGCGCCGUCCUGGAACUCGUGAAGCAGAAGUGUGAAAAGGGUGAACGGUGGGGCACGAGUGACGCUUCGAACGAGAGCAUCUUCAAGCGCCUUGCCCGGUCAUCACGGCCAGGACACGCCAGCAACCAGGGCGAGGGCCGCACUGGCGCUGUCGUCGACUGGGGCAACCCCGAGCGCGGAUUCGGGUCGCAGGCGACCGUCGCGGUCGGAUGUUCCGACGACGAGGACGUGGUUAAAGGCAUCUCGUCUGUUGUAAAUGGCGACGAGAGCAACCCAUCAAUCCCGGGCGGUGGAGUUGAUUUCACGUGGGCGCGAAUGCGCGAGCUCGAAGUCCAUCGCGGCUGGUGUAAUCGCAUUCCCGACCCGAACAACGCCAACGAGUCCACCGCGUUGGUUCCUCCGCCCGAAGCGACGACGCCGACCACCGGGCCGGCGUCUGAUCCCAAGACCCUGUCGGAUACGGUCUCCCGCACGGUCUCGAGGAUUCACCGUGUCUACGAGUCUCUGCCGCCGUGUACCCUGUUUAUUGUCUACUCUGGCACCGGCGACCCGCGUGAGGUCAGCCGUCUCAACGCCAUGCAGAAACGGUUCCGCGAGGAGUUCAAUUCCCGCAAGCCGUGGGAUGAGCUGAGUGUCAAAUGGACGGAUACCGAAGAGCAGGCCUUGAAAAAGGCGUGCGAAAGAGCUAGAGAAGGGUGCGGGUUUAUGUGUGUCAAAUAA